CAUCAACAAAACGCAAGACACUCGCGUCAACUUCAUUAUAAUCAUUUAGUCAAACAAUAAUCAUGGCGGCUAUAGAUGUCCAACCACCAAAAAUGGAGCCCGCAUUACGUACCCUUAAACUGUCAGGGCAUGUCGGAUUCGACAGCUUGCCUGAUCAGUUGGUGAACAAAAGUGUUCAAAAUGGAUUCGUGUUUAACAUCCUGUGCAUUGGUGAAACAGGGUUGGGCAAGUCCACACUCAUGGACUCUCUUUUCAACACCAACUUUGAGUCCGCACCUAGUCCACACAACCUGCCCACUGUGAAGCUAAAGGCUCAUACAUACGAGUUACAGGAGAGCAAUGUGAGACUUAAGUUGACAAUCUGCGACACAGUCGGCUACGGAGACCAGGUCAAUAAGGAGGAUAGUUUCAAGGCAGUGGUAGAUUACAUUGAUGCCCAGUUCGAGGCAUACCUGCAGGAGGAGCUGAAAAUUAAAAGGUCACUGGGGGGCUACCACGACAGUCGCCUGCAUGUGUGUCUGUACUUCAUUUGCCCUACAGGUCACGGUCUCAAGUCUAUCGACCUGGUGUGCAUGAAGAAGCUGGAUACCAAAGUCAAUAUAAUACCCAUUAUAGCCAAGGCGGACACAAUCUCUAAGACUGAACUACAAAAAUUCAAGUCAAAAAUAAUGCAAGAGCUUCAAGCGAACGGUGUGGAGAUAUACCAGUUUCCAGUGGACGAUGAGUCCGUCUCCGAGACCAACUCCAGCAUGAACUCGCACAUACCGUUCGCAGUGGUGGGCAGUACUGACUUCGUCAAGAUUGGCAACAAGACGGUGCGCGCCAGGCAGUACCCCUGGGGUACUGUGCAAGUCGAGAACGAGUCCCACUGCGACUUUGUGAAGCUGCGCGAGAUGCUGAUCCGCACCAACAUGGAGGACAUGCGCGAGAAGACGCACGCGCGGCACUACGAGCUGUACCGCCGCCGCCGGCUACAGCAGAUGGGCUUCACGGACGUGGACGCUGAUAACAAGCCCGUGUCCUUCCAGCAGACGUUCGAACAGAAGCGCAGCGCGCACCUCGCCGAGCUGCAGCAGAAGGAAGACGAGAUGCGGCAGAUGUUCGUGCAACGCGUCAAGGAGAAGGAGGCUGAACUCAAGGAAGCCGAGAAAGAGCUCCACACCAAAUUUGACAAGCUGAAAAAAGAUCACACAGACGAAAAGAAGCGGCUCGAAGAACUUCGCAAGAAGAUAGAAGAUGACACCAUCGAGUUCAACAGACGCAAGCAGCAUAAUUUGCAGUCGCACCACACACUCACACUCGGCAAGAGUAAGAAGAAGUAAUCGGAUAUACUAUUCCUUUCUCCUGCGAGCCUGGU